AUGAAGAGAGCAUCUUGUAAGAGUCUUAGCCUCGCCGAUUUGGUGGAGAAGUGGAGGAAGUGGAAGAAAGGACACUUCGCUGUGUACACCAGAGAAGGCAGGAGGUUCGUUUUGCCGUUGGAUUAUCUGAAACACCCAAUCUUUCAGGUGUUACUGGAGAUGGCGGAGGAAGAGUUUGGUUCCACCAUUUGUGGCCCUUUACAGGUUCCUUGCGAUGGAGGUUUGAUGGAUCACAUCCUCAUGCUGUUGAGAAAGAGGUCUGGCCAUGGUGAUGGUGAUGAUGAUGAAGAUGAUGAGGUUGAUGAUGUGAAGCAGAAGAAGAAUCAGGAUGUGUCCUCCAUGAGCAUGACGUGCAAAGGAGCUUCACCGGUUUCAUAUUUCUUCCCUCUCUUUCGUUGCAACGCAGCUCAUGAUCAGACCAAGCUUCAGUCUCUAGUUUUUUAA